AGUUUAGAGUGAAACAUGACUUUUUGUAGAACCUAUCGGGUAGCAUCACAACUUUGCCCCAUCUCUAAACAGUACAAUGACAAAAAUACCAUUGAUAGAUUUCAAUCAAGAACCAAACAGGUCCUUUGUUCUCCUCCCUACACGUCCGUGUAGAUUCUUGAAAAAAUAAAUUCUUCCCUUCAAUUCCAAUUUCCCAAACCGCAGUCUUUCUACAGUCGCCCCUUUUCUCCAUUCAACCCCCCACCCAGCCCCACUCACAACAGCCCCACCUUCAAACACUUCUGAGAAAAACAAGAAUUGACAGUUAUGUAUGAAUUUGGGGAAGAAGUGACAAUUGCAAGCUAUAAACUGCCAUGGCUAAUUUGGAUUCAGUUACUAGUGAUGAUUCUUCUUGUGUUGCUUCUUUUCUUUGGGUUCAGUAUCUUGGAUCGUCCAAACAACUCCUCGUCUGCCACUUCUUCUACUGCUACUGGUUCUACCCAUGCCAAUCCUCCCUCUACAACCCUUCAGCAUCGGAACCAAAACCAACAUACUAAAAGAGAAACUGAAGCUAGUUCAAGCCGUGAAAUCGCAAGGGCAGAUGAAUCUCAAGAAAGAGAAGGAUCGACAGAAAAGGAGGCAAAUGUCUUCAAGCUUCUUGUACGUCCACAGCACCCCUGCAAUUACUUUGGACUAGCCAAGCAAGCAUUUCUCAAGUGCCUGGGCAUUGAUUCUGAUCGCGACAAUUGUAACACCACAAGACAUGCUAAAGAAGAUUAAUGGGAAGUAUUAAAGUUUAAUUUCUUGAGACAGAAGUGGUCAGCCAAUGUACAAAAUUCAGGUCUUCGAAAGAUAGCUGCUGCUAGGCAUUUAGAAGUGUAUAUUGUGCCUCUGAGAUUUUAUAAAUGACAACCCUUUGAAGCUUCUUUUCAAUGCGCAAUUAAGUUGGGGUAUUUAGUAGCUCACUUGGUUGGUUACUUGAAUUUUCACCUAUGUUGGUGAAGGCUUUAUUCUCCUCCCCUCCCCCGCCCCUUUUUUCCCGUGAAGUGCUAUUGAGUUCUAACCUCAAAUGUUUCUCAACAUAUGUAGUUCAACCAUUGUAUAUCUUUCAUGUAUAUAGCAGCUUUAUAUUGAGCUGAGCUGAUGACUAUUUCUUGCCUUAAACAUUAUAAGAGCUGGCAAUUGCUACUUUAAACUAUUAAUUGGCGAAA